AUGGUCACACUCUGCGGAGCGUACGAGCGCCGCCUCUCCCCACCGCCGCUCCAUCAGGAACAGCAACAGCCCGUUCCUUCCCACCUCCAGCAGCCUCGCGAAUCGCGCGAUCCGACCACCACCGGUAGUCCGGUCCUCAAGGCGUCUCCGGUGGGUUUGGUAUGCCCGGAGAAUCCGACGGUGCUUCCUGCUACCAGCAGGGGCGGCGCCUCUGGGGGCUUCUUGGUGGUGCUUGCCCUCCCGUUUCUCCCGUGCAAAUUGCGCUUGUUUAGUAGUAGGCAAGACUACCACAUCCUCGCGCUCGCGCACGGCUCGGGUCAUUUUGGAGAGGACGAAUCACUGGAGCAAGCCCCGGAGGGAGAUGAAGGAUGUGGCCGUGGCUGGAGAGGAUUGCGUCCGCGUGCUGGGACCGGGUCCGGAGGUACGCGCUUACGAGGAAGGGUGAGGACGACGGCGACGCCGACGGCGGCGACGGCGACGCCGGCGCUGCUGUGGUCGCGGGACCUCGCGCGGCACGCGGCGGGCGAGUUCUCCUUCGCCAUCGUGCAGGCCAACGCCGUGCUGGAGGACCACAGCCAGGUGGAGACGGCCGCCGCCGCCACCUUCGUCGGCGUCUACGACGGCCACGGGGGCGCCGAGGCGUCCCGCUUCAUCUCUAACCACCUUUCUGCGCACAUCGUCCGUCUUGCACAGGAACAUGGAACAAUGUCUGAGGAUGUUGUUCGAAAGGCCUUUUCUGCUACAGAGGAAGGCUUCCUGUCGCUUGUGCGCAGGACACAUUUGAUAAAACCUGCUAUGGCUACUAUUGGAUCUUGCUGUCUGGUUGGUAUCAUAUGGAGAGGGACACUCUACCUGGCAAAUCUUGGUGAUUCUAGGGCGGUCGUUGGUUCUGUGAAUGGAUCAAACAGGAUUGUUGCUGAGCAGUUAACAAGAGACCACAAUGCUAGCAUGGAAGAGAUUAGGCAGGAGCUUAGGACUCUUCAUCCUGAUGAUUCGCAAAUUGUUGUUCUUAAGAAUGGUGUUUGGCGCAUCAAAGGCAUCAUACAGGUUUCAAGGUCUAUAGGUGAUGCAUACUUGAAGAAGCGAGAAUUCGCUGCUGAUCCAUCCACAGCUCGUUUCCACCUCUCGGAACCUCUCCGCCGGCCUGUUCUGACGUCAGAGCCAUCUGUAUGUUCAAGAGUUCUUAGUUCACAAGACCGUUUUUUGAUCUUUGCAUCGGAUGGAUUAUGGGAGCACCUCUCAAACCAGCAAGCUGUUGAAAUUGUCCACAAUAAUCCACGAGAAGGUAUUGCAAGGAGAUUAGUACAAGCGGCUCUAAAAGAAGCUGCAAGGAAGAGAGAAAUGAGCUAUGGCGAUAUUAAGAAGCUCGAUAAAGGAGUCCGGCGCUACAUCCACGACGACAUAACAGUUGUUGUUGUCUUCGUCGAUCAUGAACUGCAGUCGGAGGAUUCUGCUUCAACCUCUGUUCCUGAACUCUCAGUUCGUGGGUUUGUUGAUGCAGGGGGGCGCUCCAGCUUUUCAGGGUUGAAUGACAUUACUUGA